AUUUUGACAUCACAUCCCGUACAAACAAUUGAUGUACACUAAAGAGAAAAUAAAGAGAAAAUAAAGAGAAAAUAAGCCAAUUCGCAUUCCCGGAAACUGCUAAUCCGCAACAACGCGGGGGUAAGACGGCAGCUCAGGCGGUCAGCGACGCCGCACGCCAGGACAUGAUUCAGCCGUCUUUCUCCGUGGAAUCAUAAAAGCCAAAUCAGUUCACGUCUAUUACCCCAUUGCUAACGUUAUUUUGGAUACUUCCAUAUGGUGGUAAGCCGACAAGGCUCUGCGCAAGUAUCUCUGAAAUGAAAGGCUCUCUCGUAUACCGUCUGUUCAUAUUGAUCCUAUGCUUAGCGCUCACAUUCGGAGCUCCUCCUGAUUACGAGGGACCCGAUUUGGAAGCAGAGCUCAGCAGCAGCUCAGAAUAUCCGCCCCCCAAUUCCCCGCUAUCUCUCACCCCUAAAGAUGAUACUGCAAUUGUGGCAGCUCCUGAUGGUAUGAUACAUCUUGUAGAGCUGAGUUCAGGAAAAAUUCUUUGGUCAUUUACAUCGGGUCCAUCCAUCUACACUUCAUUUCAAUCUCUGCCUGAUAACCAUGCCAAUGACCGUAAUGUGUCAACUGAGGGAGAGAUCUUUUAUUUAGAUUGCGGAGAAGAUUGGAAACUUUAUCUGCAUGGGGAUGACUUUGACAGAGUGGAGAUCUCACAGAGUAUUGAAGAAUUUAUAAAACAAACUCCAUAUGUCUUAGAUGGUGGAAUCAUGCUAGGGUCGAAAAGGACCACUGCAUUUCAUGUUAAUCAUAAAACUGGUAGAGUGAUUCAUAUGUACGGAUCAGAUAUGCUUGGGGAUGAGGAAGCUGUUGGAAAUCCAAUUAUGGUAAGGAAUGACCUUGAAGAUUGGAAAGCAUCUAGUGAAACAGACAAUGGUGUGAUUGACAGUCCACUGUACAUUAUUAGAACUGAUUAUGCUCUUAAGUACACAUCUACAAAGACAGGGAAGGUUUUAUGGAAUCUACAUGUUGCUGAUUUUGAAGCGUCAUUGCAUUGCGAACAAACUGAGAAGUUUCUCGGGGGACUUUCUAGUCAAGGACAAGAGUUUGCUCCAGAUAAGGAAGGUUGUCAGACCAAGCCAUUUGUCUACAGAAUUCGUGAUCGCAGUUCAUUAGAAUCAUUUUUUAUGACUGUUAGGUCACAAAAUACUCUUCCUGGAGGCACAUAUCUUUCUUUACCUGCUGCAGAUCAUAAUUAUCCUGUAAUAGCGGUUGACAAAAUUUUCAGAUUACAUCAGAACAAAAAAGGUAAAGUGUUUCGCGCUUUGCCUGCUCCUUCGACCGAUGGAUUUGCAAUCAUGGGACUGCCUGCAGGAGAUAAUAAUCAAGUGGUCAUUGAAUCUAAUUUUUUAACCGGGUCUUAUUUAUGGUCUUUUGUUAUAUUUGGAACUAUUGUACUGCUCAUUGUGGCUAUUAUUUUCUAUAUGGCUUCUUGGGUAAUAAAUUGGAAUAAAUUGCGAAGUGAAGUUGUGGAUAAAAAAGUUGAAGUUACGACAACAAAAAAGAAGAAACUACGGAAGUCUGGAAUUAGCCAGAGAUUUACAAAUACCGAGAAGAUAAAGAAAAUGGGUUUUAAUCAUGAGACUUCUCUCGGACACGGAUUUCCAGAUAUGGAAAACAUUAUACACGAGAUGCAGGUUAACUUAUUCGAUAGGCACAGUGGAGUGGUAGAUGGGCGCAAGAUAGGUAAGUUGUUUCUCUCUCAAAAAGAAAUUGCCAAGGGAAGCAACGGCACAGUCAUACUAGAGGGUAUAUAUGAUGGUCGUCCGGUUGCUGUUAAACGUCUAGUAAAGGCCCAUCAUGAUAUAGCACUGAAAGAGAUUCAGAAUCUUAUUGCAUCUGAUCAGCACCCAAACAUUGUACGGUGGUAUGGAGUGGAGUAUGAUCAAGAUUUUGUCUACCUUUCUCUCGAGCGCUGCACCUGUAGCUUAUAUGAUUUUGUUUCAGCAUAUUCUAGCUUUUUUGAGGAGCACCUUUAUGCGACAGACCAAUAUACCAUCUCUAGAAGUGAUUGCAAACCAGAAGGACACUGGUCAUCUAAUGAUAAUUACAACUCAGCAGAGUUUGAGUUGUGGAAAACCAAUGGUUAUCCUUCACAAAAGUUGCUGAAACUCUUGAGUGAUAUUGUUAACGGCCUUGUCCAUUUGCAUGAACUCGGUAUUAUUCAUAGAGACCUAAAGCCUCAAAAUGUUCUAGUAGUAAAAAAAAGAAUAAUUCGUGCAAAGAUUUCAGAUAUGGGUAUCAGUAAGCGCCUUGUUGGAGACUUUUCUUCCUUAACUAAGCAUGCCACUGGGAUAGAGAUAGGAAAACAUUCCACUGUCAAUCAUUUUGACUGGCGCUUUCUUCUCUAUUGCUCUUGACUCAUGGAUCUUUACUUAGAGCUCUGGACAACUACAAUUGAUGCUUUGGUUGAGUCCAAGAAUAACAACAAGAAGAUAAUACCUCACAAUCGCAAUCAUGAUGGAAAACCAGACAAGGCGAAAAGUACCAGGUUCCGCUAAGAAAACAUGUUCGCGCUGUGAGCUCCGAAAAACAUGACUUGUCCAGACAACUCAGCCGUCUUGCUGCAGCCAUCAGGGAGAAUCCUGAUGUCCACAACUCCAUGAUGUGUUGAUCAAUGUGAUCAUGUCAUUGAGAUCCUAUGAGCAUUGGUGGAAAGCCUCUAUUAGCCCCCCCAAUCUUUGUGUAGAAUCAUCCUCUGCCGGUGGUUACUCAGGCCCCUCCGCUGAUAGUUGAGGCUGCGGUGGAGGCAAUUUCUUAUCUCUCCGCCUGUCAGAAGAGAUGGGAAAGACAGCAUCUGACACCCAACCCCCAUGGUCAGUGCAGAAAGGAUAUUUCAGACUUGAGGCCCUGCAUUUAGUCACUUGGUGAGUGACCACAGUCUGGUUUGAAAUGUCUUGGUAUGCAGGACUGUAAGAUGGGAUCAUGGGGAUAUGAAGAGAUAGGUGGCUAGCACACGUGCUGAUAAGUGAUAACUCUCCUGAUGAUGAACUAUCAUUCCAGGAGUUGGUGGGAGGAAGAGAGUGAGACAAACAUCACUAGCUCUUGCUCCAGGAUCUAAAGGAUCAGGAGAUUCAUAAACAGUGGCAAAUGAUGAGUCAAGAUUAAACAUUCUUUAGUGCGGUGGAGGAAAUUGUAAAAACACACAAGGCUGAAGGAAAUAUAAGAAAAGGAUGGAGGCUGACCUGGAGUAGAAAGCAGAGUCUAGGUGUGGUGGCGGCUGAUUUUUUUGUGAAUUUUGGGAACAAAAGUGGGGAGUCAGCAAGGGAUAUAUGUUGAUGAGUACAGCUACAGAAUAUUUAACAAUGGCAAUAGUUAGGGAGAGAAGGUGGAGAUACAUGUGCUUGUCUUCCCAAGACAUACACAAAUCAAGAUAACAUGAAUACUUGUACAUGGAAUCCUUAUAACUUUCAAUCAUUUAUGCUUCACACUGAUGUGGAUAGAUGAACACGCUCACUUCCCCUUACCUAAAGUUCCUCUCAUACUCAAGAUGGACAUGUUCUUCACACCAUGGGUCUAGCUUGGGGCCAGGGGAAACCCUGCAUAGAGGACAUUGGUCUGUGGAAAUCUUCUAACUAUAACAUUUUCAGUGCAGUCGAGAUUUCCGUCUAGCAGACUCCUUGCCCCAGUCAUCCCAAGUGGUUGUCAUUGGUACCUAACCUUACCCUUGGUUUGGCAAUUCCAGCCCAAUAACGGUUGUACCAGAAAUAAUCUGGUAUAGGAGAGUCAGUUAAAGUAGCGACGGCUCAAAAAAGGACAUCUUUGCAUCGUAAUGGAAGUUCAGGGUGGCAAGCACCUGAACAACUUCGUCAUGAACGUCAAACGCGUGCUGUAGACUUAUUUAGUUUAGGCUGUGUCAUGUUCUUCUGCAUAACUGGUGGCAAACAUCCAUAUGGUCAGAGUCUUGAACGUGAUACAAAUAUAGUAAAUGAUCGGAAAGACCUCUUCUUGAUAGAGAAUAUGCCUGAAGCAAUUGAUCUGAUAUCUCAACUCCUACAUCCAAAUCCAGACUCCAGGCCAACGGCUGUGGAGGUACUGAAUCACCCUUUCUUUUGGAAACCUGAAACAAGGCUGUCUUUUCUUCGAGAUGCUAGUGAUAGGCUAGAACUUGAGGAUAGGGACAGUGAAUCCGAGAUCCUGACAGCAGUAGAAAGUAUCAAGACAGUGGCUUUGGGCGGUUCGUGGGAUGCAAAAAUGGACAGUGCCUUCAUCAAUGACAUUGGUCGCUAUAGGCGUUACAAAUUUGACAGUGUUAGAGAUCUAUUGCGGGUGAUUAGAAACAAGCUAAACCAUUACCGAGAGCUCUCAAUGGAGAUUCAGGGACUUUUGGGACAGGUUCCUGAAGGUUUUGACUCCUACUUCUCAUCCCGCUUCCCCAGUCUUGUAGUGGAAGUUUACAAAGUCAUUCAAAGAUAUUGUGCGGAUGAACAAAUAUUUCGAAUCUAUUUCCAAAACAAUCAUAUUUAACACCUAUUUAUCUAUACUGUUCAUAUCUGAUUAAGAGCUUUCCCAUUUUUAACCUUUUGAGUUGCUAACUUGUAUUUGUGUGCAUAUAUGCUGUAAAUUGCGAUCAUUAUUGUAACAAUAACAAAUGUUUCUCCCACCUUAAAAAACUAGUCAUUUUGUUUAUAUUUUUUGUAUUUUAAAUCAGCAAGCUGUGAA